CGUCUUUCCAACAGCUCCUCAGUCACGAUCCCAGCUCUUCAUUGUCACCACACGACAAGACACGAAAUCGACCCCGCCACACCGAUGCAUCCAGCCAAUCGAUACACACGUCCUCUUCAGCGGCCGCACCAUCAUUGUCACCCCCUCCCUCUCCCUCUUCCCCCGCUGCCACCGUCGGCCCCGCCCUCCGUUUGGGCAGCAGGAGUUUCAUCCGAUUGUACAGCGCAUCACCACUCGUCACGCGAAUGUCGUCGCCCUCACUCCCCACACCCUUCCUGCUGCCCUUCCGCCUCUGGGGUGAUGCAGCAGAUGGUCCCUCGCUCCCCUGAUGGUCUGUCUGGCACAGCAGCACCUCGUUGAUGUCCUCUGGCACCCGGAACUGCACCACGUGGGGGAAAACGGCACAAAGGGAGCGGUGGGCGUUCUGCCGUGCCGUGACCGAUCGGGUGACUAGGUUGAUGGCGAGCAGGCCACCGGGGAGCAGGCGGCUCGCGAGCUGCUGCAGGAAGACCGGCUGCAGGACCUCGCUGGGUGGGCAUGUGAGGUGGCUGUCUGGCUGGUUGGUGUUGAUGUCCACUAUGAUGAUGUGCUGCAGUGCGGGGCACACGCGGCUCAGCUCGGAGGUCGAUACCAUCGCCAAAGCAUCGCCGAUCAUAUAUUCCACUCUGUUGGCCGGUGCCGGUGGAUCUGCCGGCUUCUCUUGGGCUGCUGCGGCCUCGGCUGGUUCGGCAGCAGAGUCAUUGCCGGUGUUGGUGUGGCCGUCUGUGUCUUUGGUGAGGACCUUCUGCAUGACGGCCUGCACCGUCUGGCUCGCCAGGUGGGAGGCCUCAGCAAUGUUCUCUUCGGGCGACUUCAUCGGCAUGCCCUCAAAGCCGAAAUGCUGCACACACGAAAAGUAAGCAGUGAGGCACAUGUGUGAGGACGUGUGUGUGUAAAAGUAACGGCAGACUGACCUGUUUGGCCAUCUGCAGGACUUUCUCGUCGUUGUCGACGCCGAUAAUGUGCACACCCCAUCCCCAAUACGAGCACAAGGCAGACAGAGUCGACGCCAGGAUGCCAGCACCCAGGCCGAGUAUGGUCACACGCAGCCUGGGCUGCUCGUUGGCCGUGAAGGCAGAUGAGGGCGCCGUGGGGUCGUCGAGCAGCGACGAAGGGGAGCUGGCCGGCGAUGCGUUGAGUUCCAGCAGCCAUGAGGGCGGGAGGCAGGCCAGGCCCACUAUGAUGGCCUCGUGGUACCUGCAGGUGGGGUGGAGGAAGUUGAACCGGAACGGCUGGGGGGCAUCGGUUGUGGCGUCGUCAACCUGUGGCUCCUCGGACGGCUGUGGCUGUGGCUGUGACGACUUCUUCUUGCGCGAGCCGCGGCCACCCCUGCAGCCAAGCAGCCAGUGAUCGGUGCACCAGACCAGCGCAUGUGUGUGUGGUGCUGUCACGUACCUUCGUUUCGGUGAGGUCCGCCGUGCGGAUGGUUCAUCGUCCGUCUUGGUCCAGACCUCAUAUAGCACCUCCGACUGCACCGUGCCAGGAUUGCAGGCAAACACCAUCUGCACACACAACACACACAGGUAGGUAGGACAAAAUGCUAUGGCUACUUCUCUACUCCUCCUUAAUCUACCUGUCUGGCAAAGGACUUCCAGCUCAUUGCUGGCUGCGCCGCGUUGGCCUCUCUGCGGCUGCGAUAUCGCUUUGUGCCCUCGGGCUCGAUGCGCACGUCACGGACCAAGAUGCGUCCGGCGUGCUUGGACAUCACCUCUGCCACGGGUGUGGAGGUGUCGGUCUCGCUGCCUAGAGUCAUGAUCUUGGGGGCCUCCUCCUGACCAAGCGGACAAUUGGAUAUUUUGUCUCUGUGUGUGUGUGUGUGUGUGUUCUGUGUGUUGUGUGGUGCGGGCGUACUGAUGUGGACGGGAGGACGAGCUCUCUGAAGAAGGGCUGCAGCUCGGCCUUGACGUCGUCCAUGGAGGGGGUGUGGUGGGACGAGUCACACAUCCCUGUCAGCCAGGCAUGGACACACACAUGACAUGACGCGUACGUCUAAGGUAUCCGUCUGUGAGCGAUGGAUUGGCUGGUCGGUUGCCUACCCACCGAAGGUGGUGACAAGAAGCCGCUUGACGUAAACUUGAGAGGCCAACUGCACCACAACACGCACACGCACACGCAAAGAGAUAGACACAGCUAAGCUCCUCUGCUGGCCGUGCCGUAUAUAUUGUGGGUUGUUUGCCUUGCCUGGCUGGGCUGGCUGUGUGACUGACCUCCUGGCUGCCCUCUGGUGUCGAAAACAUCCACUCAUUCUCGCGACCCUGAUGUGAGGGAUUCACACAACAGACAGACAACAUGCAUGACAUGGCAUGACCCAUCCAUACGUGGCCGGCCGGCCUGGGUACCCGUGGCACAAUGAUGACGGCCGACGUGUUCUUUCUCUUCAUCGAGUGCUGGGGGUUGUCGAACACAGCUAUGUGGUACUUGGCAGAGAUGUCAUACACCUCGCCACCACCGCCGUCAGACUGCCGUGCCGCUGCUGCUGUGGCCGGCGGGGGCUUGUUGGGGGCAGAUGAAGAUGAGGAUGACCCUCCUGCUGCUGCUGUGCGUGGUGGGAUGAGGUUGAUGACCUCGUACUGUCCCGGCCUGUAGGUAGCGAUGGUCUCCUUCCACACACGAUGCUUGUUGAUCUCCAAGACAUGCUCUGAGGCCCCCACAUGCACACGUCAGUAUAAGCAGGCAGGAGAGAAGGGGAGACUCGUGCAUCCACUCACUCACUCACUGGGCAGCUCGAAUAUCGACGUGUCUUGCAAUGGCUCCAUGGCGCUCUCAGGUCCAUCCUUGCCGGCCGGGCCCUCUCCAUUCUGGUGCUGCUGCUCCGCCGCCAUGCUCUCGGGGUAGAUGGCGCACUUGGCAACCUUUACCGACUUAUCAUUUCUGAGCAAACGAACAGCGACAGACAUCCGCAUUCGGCCUCUCUGCUAUCAUUCUCUCUCACCCAGAUGCUGUUUGCGGCAUUUUCUGGAAGAUCAGCAUGAAGGGCUGCAGCCGUGCCUGCCGCUCAGCGGACGGAAUGUCCCCCCUCUGAUGCCUGGCGGACGACGUGUGUGUGGUGGCUGCAUCGGAGAUCGAGAAGGGAUGGCACCGGACGCCCACACGGCGACUGAAGAAAUACCGAACCUGCAGAGGAGACGCGGGAGAGGAGAGCAAUGGUGACAGCAUGAAGGCCUGUCUGCUUGUUGUCUCAUCACCAGUUCCUUGAUGAUGUAGUCCUGCGCCAGUGUGAUGCACACGUAGUGCCCCCCGUCACACAGCAGCCGCCACAUCUCGUCCAGAAAACGAGUCGCCUCCCGACGCAAAUCGACGCCCUCGCCUGUCGCCACACGAAAUGGGUGCGUGGAUGGAUACCAAAGAAGAAUGAGUCCUGCAGCGCAGCGUGCCCUGCCAUUUCACCAGUGAGGAAUGCGUCGAGUGCGCCCUUGUCGAUGACCAGGUCGAACAGCCCUUGCCUGAAUGCCGUUCGAGUCAUGUCCAUGCAGCACCACUCCAGCCCAGCCGACGACACACUCUUGGCGCGCAUUGCCUGCAUGAUGGAAGGAAUAAGAUGUGAGCAGACACACGGAGCGUGUGUGUUUGUUCACCUUAAGGACGAGAUCUGAGAAGUCCACAUUCCAUAUGUUCAGAUACCUGACACCAAAAGAAACACACUCACAGACACACACAACAGAUGCGCACUCACCCUGAGCCACCCGUUGCAGUGUCUGUGUCUGUGUCUUACCCAUCGUCAAACAUCUGGCCGCUCAGCUCAGAGUUGCCGCACCCCACAUUCAGCACGAACAGCGAGCUGGGCGGCGCAUGCGGCCCCGAACCCUCAUCGCCCAGCCCCCGCAGAAUGGCGCGGAUGUCGCGGUACUCUCCAUACCACUCGAAGGCCUUCCUCCCCCUCCGGAGGAAGAAUCGAUCCCAGAAUGACCGCUGCCGAAACUGCUGCAGCUCGGAGGGCAGCAGCUCCAUGGAGGAGAGAGGUGCUGAUUGAGACGGUGGCGGUGCGCUUUCUGUCGGACUGCGGUUGGGACGGUCAGGCGAUGAAUGGCGAGCAAGAUCUGAUGAUCUGGAUCAGGCGCACCGUCUGUGCAGCUUCAAACCACCUGUUUUCCGGAAGAUCCCG